UAUAGGUGAAAAUGUAAAACGAGAUUACUUAUAUUAUUGCAUGAAUAACUUGAGCUCUUUUUAAUAUAAAACUACAUAUAUGUAUUUAUUAUGGCACUUCUAUUUAUAUUCACUCAAUGGUAAACCACGCCGUACACCGAGUGCGAUGAGCGAUACGACCAUCUAUCACCAUUCAAAGCGGCAACGUCGCGCAUCGCUUUCCUUAGCGCAGUAUAGCUAGCGCCUCGCAUGGGGAGGACGCGUUCGCGCUCGAACGCAUCGUGUAUCUGAAAAGGUUAUAUGUAUUGUUGAGAUCACGCAAUAAUGAACGCGAGAGAGUACAGAGAGAAAUUAAUUGAUGAAGUGAAAAAGUACCCCGUGCUGUACGACACAAACCACGAGAACCAUCGCGAUAUCGAUGUCAGAGACCGGUGUUGGCAGGAAAUAUCCGAGCGCCUCGGAGCUAACUGCGAAGUAUUAAAACGCGAAUGGAAGAUCCUCCGUGACUCCCUUCGACAAUCCCUCAAGAAAAGCGACAAGGGCGUCACGACCAAAGCCGGGCUGCCCUGCAAGAAAUGGCGUUUCCAAAAUAGAAUGUCCUUUGUCUUGCCAUACAUGACGAUGAGGCCGGAUGCUUCCAGGAACCGUCGCUCGUUGAGGAGAGACAUCAAACUAGAUGAUACUGAAGCUCAAUCGGACCAAGACCAGGAGUCGGAGGUGUGGGACCCGGGCAACAGCGACCAGGAUUCCCUGGACUUGUACUUCGCCAGCGUUUGCCAAAGCACGAAGAGGCUACCAAAGAAAUACCAGAAUCUGAUCAAAAAGCAAGUACUGGAGGUGCUGCUUAGGGUUGAGGAGCAAGUCGAAGCCGAGUCGGGGGAGUCCAAAAUGACAGUGUACAAAAACUCUGAAUAAUAGCUUAUCUUAUCUUUAAAUGCUUCGCCAAAUUGAAAUCCGAUGGGACGCCUUGUCUAAGAUAAGUUAUUCCAGUAAUAAAUGUUUAGUGUAAUUUUUAAUUGUGACGUGAGUAUUUGACUGUAUGACGUAAGUACUUCUGUCUGUAAUCAUUUUAAAAUUGUGGAAAAUGAUGGAAUGUUUGUUUCAAUAUACUUAGUAAAAUAUUAUUUCCAAUAAAAACAUAUUUUUAUUUUGUUUUCUUUUUCACAAAUGCGUUUUUCCAGCGAAAAAAAAAAAACAGGAGGAUCAGCUUGGUCACGACACUUUUGUGUGAUGUUAUUCCAUUUAAAUAAAGUUUCACCUUCAAACACAAUCCAUAAAGUUAUA